AUGGCCGCGGUCGACUGCGCCUUCCACGUCAAGUACUGCGAGCACGACGCGGUCUUUGAGCCUCACUACACACGGUAUCAAAAGGCCCAAAAAGUCAAGGUACCGUCCGUCUGCGACGGCGUCGCCCACCACCUCCUUGCUGCUGCUAGGUGCUGCGGUACGCCCAACGACAUCGUCUGCGGCCCCGUGGCGAGCUCCAUUAGAUGCUUUCCGCACUGCUGCCCGCGCCACGCCCACUACCGCUACUGCGGCGCGCCGCUCGUGCUCCAGACGACGUACGCGUCGCGCGUGACGGGCACGUACGCGUCGCUGCUGCGCAUUGCGCCCGCGCAUGCGCCCGACUGGGACCUUGGCUUUGAGACGCCGCCGCUGUCGGCGACCUCGCUCCACAACGCCGCCACCACGUGGCACGCCGGCCACCAAGAAGUCGUCUCCGAGAAUGUGCUUGCAAGCAGCUUCAAUGUCGACCUCGCCGACGGCUGGACGUACGGCUGGAAGAGCAGCCGCAGCCAAGCGAUCCGCGACGUUCGCCACCACGUGACGGCAUAUGUCUUUGAGGUGACGUCGCGUGGGAUGUGGCGGCUCGUGGCCAAGGCGACGUCGCCCGGCUUUACGAUCGCCACGUACCGCAGUAGUAGUGCGCCGCGCGACGACGCGGUGUUGGUGCCGGCACCCGAGCACGAGACGUCGACGGCGCUCGUGUCGAGUCGCACGCAACGCAUGGCCUACCACUUGGGUCUGCUUCUUUUGUACGUGGAUCAGGUCGAGACCGUCUCGGCCGCAUUCCAGCAGAAGCUCGUGCAGUACCUGUUGCACCCGUCGCCAGUACCGGUAUCUUCUUGCGCGAUGCACCAGCUGCUCGUGCAAUCCUCCUGCAGCAACAACCAGACCACGGGCCGCACGAGCCGUGUCCUUGUCGACUGGCUGGUCCACCUCUUGCACCCGCACAAUCGGACGCAGUACGAGGCGGUGGUGCGCUCGCACCGCGACUGCAUUCUCCAGCGCUCCGACCUCGCUCGCGCCUACAGCGACUGCGUGCAGCUGUUGCAUAGCGUGUCGGAGGCGUUCCUGGCCAAGCAGCACGAGACGUCGGUGGCGCAAAUCGCGCUCGAAGCUCUCGCGUCCCUCCCGAGUCUCUCGACCGAGAUGACGCGCCGGCUCUUGACCGAGAGCUUCUUUAUGUUUGGCUACCAAGCGUGCGUGGCCCAUUUCCGCGAAGUCGCGCUGAGCGCCGAGGCCGCGCAGAGCGUGUGGCCAGAGCACCGCGUUCUGGGCUCGAUGCGUGCGCGGUCGUGGCUCUGCGGGCACUGGGUGUGCGAUGCACCGAGUGUCCACGUGGCGAGCCAGAACGGAUGGCAGCUCUCCGCGGCGACGCUCGUGCGCUGGGCCUCGAGUCUCUUCCACGUGCGCACGACGCUGCUCGGGCCACAGCUCCACGUGCAGUCGGUCUGGCGUGUGUAUGUGAGCCAGCCGACUUGCUUUGUGCUCGACGGUCGGCCGCACGUGCACCGAACGUGGCCCAACGGCGAGUCGACCAUGGCCGGCGCGACCCGAUAUCUCGAGGGCGACUAUGUCGGUGGGCUUGGUCCCGACGCGAUCGACCUGCGCUGCUACACGCUCGAUGUCGUCAACCAGACGAGCUACUGCGCGACGCUGCGGGUGACGACAGAGGAAGAGACGAGACUGCUGUGUCGUGUGGAGCUCUACCAGCUGCGCGUCGCGGCGGCGGCGGACGUGGCCGCGUGGCCGGCCCAUAAACGCAUUGCGCUCUGGGACAACGAGACGCCAGCGCUCGUGUUCUCGGGCGACUGGAGCUAUGCACGAGCGGCCGAGACCAGUUGACAAGGCGAUCCAAGUCUCGGUGCACCCGACAUGCGUCUGCAUUGAAACCAACCAUGCCGGCCGCCGUGUGGUAUAAGAGCAACUAAGCUAUUGCGUCUUGCU